AUUUAUCAAGUAUAUGCUUUAAAUAUAUAUAUAUAUAUAUAUAUAGGAGAAGUAUUCUGAAAUUUGAGUGGGAUUGUGCUUGAUGUUUUCUACCCAAGUAUUCUUUGCUUUUUUCCCAUUAAGAUCUCAUCAUUAUCUUUAUGGAAUGCUUUUGUCAGUACAAUGUAUGUAGACACUCUUGUAUUAACCUGUUCAGAUUAUUUUAUCGACUCAAUCUAGUGGAUAUGAUGGUGUCACUAUCCUUAAAUUGAUGUAUCUAUUCGUGCUCUCUGUACCAUUCUAUGAUGCCUGGCUUACAUCUUUGCUUCUUGGUGGACCAUUUUAUAGAACACCCUUGUCAAGAUUGAAAAAGAAAUGCCUGUGGCCAGCAGAACUGUUUACAAUGUCAACUUUGGGCAAUUCAACUAACAUAUUUUGGCAAGAAUGCCAAGUAGGAAAGCUUGACAGGCAGAAGCUACUUAACCAAAAGGGAUGCGUUGUGUGGAUCACGGGUCUCAGUGGAUCAGGAAAAAGCACAUUAGCCUGUUCAUUAAGCAGGGAACUUCAGUCAAGGGGAAAAUUGUCUUAUGUCCUUGAUGGAGAUAACCUUCGGCAUGGAUUAAACAAAGAUCUUGGUUUUAAACCUGAAGACCGUGCUGAAAAUAUACGCAGAACUGGAGAAGUAGCAAAGCUCUUUGCUGAUGCUGGUCUAAUAUGUGUUGCCAGUCUGAUAUCUCCAUAUAGAAAAGAUCGUGAUAUGUGCCGUUCUAUGAUGACUGAUUCUAAUUUUAUUGAGGUCUUCAUGAACAUGCCUCUAGAACUGUGUGAGGAGCGAGAUCCCAAAGGCCUUUAUAAGCUUGCUCGUGCUGGAAAGAUCAAAGGCUUUACUGGUAUUGAUGAUCCUUAUGAACCGCCCUUAAAUUGCGAGAUAGAAAUAAAACAGAUAGAUGGAGUUUGCCCAGCACCCACUGCCAUGGCUGGACAAGUAGUUUCUUGUUUGGAAGAGAAAGGAUUUCUUGAAUUCUAGGAAUUUGAUCCCACUCUUCUCUUGGAUGAUCUUCUGCGAUUUUUUCUUCUUGUUUUUUUCUUUUUUAAUUGAGUCGCCGGGAAGACGUGUGAUGAGAUAAUGUAGACUAAGGAGGCUUGUGGGAUUCAGCAACCACCUGUCUUAAGUGGAUAAAAAAAAUGUUAUAUAGCUUGACUUAUGAUUGUGUUCUUUGUA